AUGGAUACCAAAAACGCAUUCCUCAUCCUUGGUCUAUUGGCCAUGGUUCUUGUUAUUUCCUCACAAGUGUCAGCUAGCAGGGACUUAACCGAGACUUCCACUAAUACAAAAGAUGAAGCUGUUGAAAAACCAGAUGAAUUAAAUGAUGCCAAAUAUUACGGUGGAGGCGGCGGUUACAAUGGUGGUGGAGGAGGCUACAACCAUGGUGGGGGCUACAACCAUGGUGGGGGUGGUUACAAUGGUGGUGGAGGAGGCUACAACCAUGGUGGUGGAUACAAUGGAGGUGGUGGAGGCUACAACCAUGGAGGUGGUGGAGGCUACAACCAUGGAGGUGGUGGUUACAACGGUGGUGGAGGAGGCUACAACCAUGGAGGUGGUGGUUACAAUGGUGGAGGUGGUUAUCGUGGUGGAGGUGGACAUGGCGGUAGUUCUAACAAUGGUAACUAA